AUGUCCUCCCCCAAGAACGGCUUCUACCGGCAGGAGAUCACCAAGACCCUUUGGGAAGUGCGGGACCGCUACCGGGAUCUGCAGCCAGUGGGGUCCGGUGCCUACGGAGCCGUCUGCUCAGCCGUUGAUGGAAGAAGUGGUACCAAAGUCGCCAUUAAGAAAUUGUACCGCCCAUUUCAGUCUGAACUCUUUGCCAAACGAGCCUACAGAGAGCUACGUCUGCUGAAGCAUAUGAAGCAUGAAAAUGUCAUUGGAAUAUUGGAUGUGUUCACACCAGAUGUAACACUGGAAAAGUUUAAUGACUUCUACCUUGUCAUGCCAUUUAUGGGAACAGACUUGAGUAAGAUAAUGAAGCAUGAGAAACUAUCCGAAGACCGAAUCCAGUUCCUGGUGUAUCAGAUGUUGAAAGGAUUGAAGUAUAUUCAUUCAUCAGGCAUAAUUCACAGGGAUCUAAAACCUGGAAACUUGGCAGUAAAUGAAGACUGUGAACUGAAGAUUCUGGAUUUUGGAUUGGCGAGGCAUACAGACAGUGAGAUGACUGGUUAUGUGGUUACAAGGUGGUACAGAGCCCCAGAGGUCAUACUCAACUGGAUGCAUUAUACGCAAACAGUUGACAUCUGGUCUGUGGGCUGUAUAAUGGCUGAGAUGAUAACAGGGAGGCCUCUGUUCAAAGGAAAUGAUCAUCUGGACCAACUCACAGAAAUAAUGAAAAUAACAGGCACACCAACUCAAGAUUUUGUUCAAAAACUGCACAGUCAAGAUGCAAAAAACUAUAUCAAAAGCCUCCCAAAAGUCCAGAAAAAAGAUUUUGCAUCCAUCUUGAAGUAUGCAAAUCCUUUGGCUGUAAACCUUUUGGAGAAGAUGCUGGUGCUGGAUGCAGAGAAGCGAGUCACGGCCGCUGAGGCUUUGGUGCAUCCUUAUUUUGAACCAAUUCACGAUCCUGAGGAAGAAAUCGAAGCAGAGAAAUAUGACGACACGUUUGAUAACAUGGAUCUUCCUCUAGAUGAAUGGAAGUGCAUUACAUAUAAAGAGAUACUGAACUUCAAGCCACCACAGACAUCAGAGUCGAAGGAGACUGAGGUGUAAUUGUAUGACUCCGUCUUUUCAGAACUUGGAAGAAAGCAGGAAAGUUGUAAAUGUUUCUGAUA